UGCAAAUAUCGACCAUGUGAUGUAUUUGCUCAUUGUACAAACACAAUGGGUAGCUAUUAUUGUUCAUGUUUUCCCGGAUAUGAAGGCGAUGGAUUUUCCUGUAAAGAUAUCAAUGAAUGUGAAAUACCAUCAUUAGCUGCUUUAUGUGGUGAAAAUGCUGAAUGUUGUAAUCUACCUGGACAUUUUGUCUGUAAAUGUCAGCCAGGUUUUACAGGUAAUGCAACAGUUGCCUGUACGGAUAUUGAUGAAUGUUUGGAUGGAGGAUUCUGUGGCCAAAAUGCUUUAUGUACAAAUACACCGGGUAGUUUUUCAUGUCAAUGUCCAGAUGGUUUUGUCGGUGAUCCAUUCAUUGAAUGUUUAGAUGUCGAUGAAUGCCAAAAUAAUCCAUGCGGAUCUGGUUCAAUUUGUACAAAUACUGUCGGUGGCUUUGAAUGUUCAUGUCCAACAGGUUAUCAUGGUAAUAUGACCGCCCGUGAUGGUUGUUUAGAUAUCGAUGAAUGCCAAAAUCCAUUAAUCUGUGGUUCAAAUGCUGUUUGUAUAAAUAUUCCGGGUAGUUUUGUCUGUGAAUGUGGACCCGGAUUUACUGGCAAUCCAAAAACUCAAUGUGAAGAUGUUGAUGAAUGUCCGGCUGCAUGCGGUGUAAAUGCAAUAUGCAUAAAUAAUAUUGGAAGCUAUAGUUGUAAAUGUCAGGCUGGUUUUACUGGCAAUCCAUAUCAUUCGGCUGGUUGUAUAGAUAUCGAUGAAUGUCGACAAGAAAAUCUUUGCGGAUCGAAUGCUUUAUGUUAUAAUAAACCAGGAUCAUAUGAAUGUAGAUGUUCAACAGGUUAUACAGGAAAUCCUAUUCGUGGAUGUAAAGAUAUUGAUGAAUGUUUAACAAAUCCUUGUGGACCAAAUGCAAAAUGUUUAAAUACAAUUGGUUCAUUUCAAUGCCAAUGUCCAGAUAAAUAUCUAGCUCGUGAUGGUAAUGCUGAAUUCGGUUGUGAUCGUGCUGCUGUUGAUGUUUAUUGUCAACAACAAUCUGAUUGUACGAUAAAUGCUGAUUGUAUUGAUGGUAAUUGUCAAUGUAAAUCUGGUUAUCGAAUUGACGGAAUUAUGUGUGUCGAUGUGGAUGAAUGUCAAACAAACAAAAAUGUAUGCGGUAAAGGUGCAACAUGUAAUAAUUUGGAUGGUGGCUACGAAUGUCAUUGUGAAUCCGGUUAUGAAAAAAUUCAAUCUUCUGCGAAAAGCAAAUGUCAAGAUAUCGAUGAAUGUGUUCAGAUACCAUUCCCUUGUGGUGAUAAUUCUGUUUGCAUCAAUCAAGAUGGUCAUUAUAAAUGUUCAUGCAAAGAUGGUUUUCUCGAAACUGGAACAUUCGGUUGUCGAUCUCCAUGUGAUUCAGUGAAAUGUGGUCAAUUUGCAACCUGUCAUGUCAACGGACAAGAAGCUGCCUGUAUUUGUGAUCCAGGAUUCACUUUUAAUCCAAAUAAUAUUAGUGCCGGUUGUUUGGAUAUCAAUGAAUGUGAUGUUGAUCACGGGCCAUCCGGUCUUUGUGGACAAGGUGCUGUUUGUACGAACAUUUUGGGCAGCCAUCAUUGUCAUUGUCCACCUGGUUUUACUGGUGAUCCAUUCCGUUAUUGUGAAGAUUUAGAUGAAUGUGAUCGUCGAUAUGGACCACAUGGAAAAUGUGGUGAGAAUGCCAUCUGUACAAACCUAAUGGGAAGCUUCACAUGUUCAUGUCCGGCCGGUAUGACUGGAAACGCUCAUAAAUCAUGUCAAGAUAUUGAUGAAUGUUCAAUUGCAUUCGGUGCUAAUGGAAAAUGUGGAUUUUCUGCUAUAUGUACAAAUUCUUUUGGUAAUUUUAGCUGUCGUUGUCCACCUGGAAGUUAUGGCAAUCCAAAAAUUCGAUGUUUUUUGGAACAAACUUGUGUGACUAAUAAAGAUUGUCAAGAAAAUUCAAUAUGUAAACAAGGAAAAUGUUAUUGCCCUCCACCAUUUUUCGGUGAUAAUUGUAAACAUCCAUGUGAUAAUCUUUUCUGUGGUGAACAUGCUAAAUGUCAAUUGGAUCUUAAUGGAAAUCCUGUUUGUUCAUGUAUUGAUGGUUAUAUUGGCAAAAGUAAUAGUCUUCCUGGCUGUGUCGAUUUGGAUGAAUGUGCUAACAAUCCUUGUGGAAAAUUGGCUGUCUGUCGUAACACUCCCGGAUCGUUUGAAUGUCUUUGUCCACACGAUUAUCGUGGCGAUCCAUACAUUGAAUGUCUAUUGGAAGGAAAAGAUCGUAUCGAUUGUAAUAUUGAUUUGUCAUGUCCACCAAAUGAAGAAUGUAUUUCGGCAAAUAAUAUAAAUCAAUGUGUAUGUCAGCGUGGCUAUGUUCGUGAUGCGGUUACUGAAUCCUGCCGUGAUGUGAAUGAAUGUAGUGAAUCAAAAAAAUCACCAUGUGGAACGAAUGCAUUCUGUAUGAAUCUUGAUGGUGGCUAUACAUGCCAUUGUCCAGAUGGUUUUACUGGUAAUGCCUAUUCAAUGUGUUAUCCAGAUAUAAUUGAAUGUAAUGAUGAUAAACAAUGCCCGGGUAAUACAGCAUGUAUUAAUGAUAUUCAAUAUGGUGUUCAUUGUGGCUGUAAAGAUCCAUAUGUUCGUGAAGGCGAUUAUUGUAUUAUGACUAGCCGAAAUUGUUCGAAUGCUAAUUCAUGUCCACAAAAUCAAGAUUGUAUGUUGACCAGUUCUGGAUUUGGUUUUUGCAUUUGUCCAAAAGGUUUUACAUUGGAAGCAAAUGGAUUCUGUCGGGAUAUCGAUGAAUGUACGGAAAUGCAAGAAUUUGAUCUUUGCGGAUCAAAUUCCGAAUGUAUCAAUCUGCCAGGGGCAUAUGAAUGUCUUUGUCGCGCUGGUUAUAGUGGUAUCGGCAAAGUUGGCUGCAAUCGUAUUGUUCAACAUUGUCGAUCCAGCGUUGAUUGUGGACAAAAUUAUCAUUGUCGAAAUGGAUCUUGUGAAUGUUCACCACCUUUCAUAUUUGAUGGUCAAUCCUGUCGACAUCCGUGUGAUUGGAUUCAAUGUGGCCAACAUGCUGAAUGUGUUCUUGAAGAUAAAGGACAACCUCGUUGUCAAUGUAAACCUGGUUGUACUGGUAAUCCUAAUGAAGAAUGUCAUGAUAUCAAUGAAUGUACAUCAAUGCUACCGUUAGAUCCAAACGGUCCUUGUGGAGCGAAUGCCGUUUGUAUCAAUCUUCUGGGAAGUUAUCGAUGUGAAUGUACUGAUGGUACAGCAGGCAAUGCAUAUGAAUCUGGAUGUCAAGGAUCAUCAAGAUGUCGAUCGAAUGAUGAUUGUCCAAGCGAUACUAUUUGUAACGAAGAGCUUAAUGUUUGUAUCGAUGCUUGUACUCAAUCAAUUUGUGGACAUAAUUCUUAUUGUAUUGGUGUCAAUCAUACAGCUACUUGUCAAUGUAUUGCCGGUUAUUCAGGUGAAGGAAAUGAUCUAGCUAAAGGAUGUACAUCACCUUGUAGUAAUCUUUAUUGUGGCAUCAAUGCUCAUUGUAUUGUAAACACACAAAAUCAACCAGUAUGUCAAUGUCAAAAUGGAUUCUAUGGCAAUCCUUGGGCUGGAGGCGCUUGUUUACCAGAAAUUAAAUGUUCAACGCAAUUACCAUGCCCAUCGGAUCAAGUUUGUAUUAAUCAUGUUUGCAUUGAUAUCUGUCAAGGACAAAAAUGUGGACCCGGUGCCAAAUGUGAUCUGAACAGUCAAUCAUGUAAAUGUUUACCAAAUUAUGUUGGCGAUCCGCAAGUACUUUGUGUACCGCCACUGCCAACGCCGCCAACAUGUAAUCCCGGUUGUGGUCUCAACAGUCAUUGUGCCUAUGAUACACCGAAUAAAUGCGUGUGCAAUAGCGGAACUAGUGGAAAUCCAUACAUCGCUUGUACGACAAUUCCAAGAUGCGAUAAAAUUCGUUGUGGUACCGGUGCCAAUUGUUUGGAAAGUGCCACCAGUGUUGAAUGUGUUUGUCCUGCCGGAUUUCAUGGCAAUCCAUAUAUUGCCUGUGAAGAUGUUAAUGAAUGUCUACAAAAUCUGAAUCAUAAUCAUGGAAAUCUUUGUGGUACAAAUGCUAAUUGUAUCAAUGUUAUCGGAAGUUAUCAAUGUGUUUGUCCAUCUGGUUAUGUAGGUAAUCCUAUGUAUGCAUGUCAAUUGCCCAAAAAACCUGGAUAUGAAAAUCAGAUAAAUGGCGUAGGCAUUUCUUGUUCAACAAAAUCCAAUUGUCCACCGAACACUGUUUGCUUCCGUGGUAUUUGUGUACAACCAAACCGAUGUAUCGAUGAUUCAAAAUGCGAUACUAACAAUGUAUGUGCUCUAGUCAAUCAAGAAAUUGGAUUUCAAUGUAUAGAUCCAUGCGAUACAACUCAAUGUGGACCUAAUGCGUUUUGUUUUACCGUUGAUCAUAAACCGAAAUGCCUUUGUAUUGAUGCUCAUUCUGGUGAUCCUAGUGAUCUUGAAAUCGGUUGUUCACCAAGUGCCGAAAUUCGUUUACCUCCCACUUGUGAUCUUGAUGAUGAAUGUCAACAGAAUUUUGUUUGCAAGCAUAUUCCAUCACAAUCAGAUUCUAAACAAUGUAUCAGUGUCUGUGAUAUUAUUCAAUGUGGUCCAAAUGCACAAUGUAUUCCACGAGAACGACGACCAGAAUGCGUUUGUUAUGAAAAUUAUGAAGGAAACGCAUACGAUCUUAUCAAAGGAUGCAGACCACAUGCUUGUGCAGAUGAUGGCGAUUGUAAACACGAUGAGAUCUGUUCUUCACAUUCGAAAGGAUAUCGAGAAUGUGAAAAUGUUUGUAAAGAUUUCCAAUGUGGUAUUAAUAGUGUAUGUCGUGGUCGAGCACAUCAAGCUUAUUGUGAAUGUCGACCGAAUUUUGCCGGUGAUCCAUAUGAUGGAAAAAUUGGUUGUCAUCCAGUUCAGCUUACCUGUUCGGAUGAUAAUACCUGUGCUGAAUUUCAAGCUUGUCGUCGUGUACUGACUGGUCUUCGAAAUUGUACCGAUGUUUGUGAUAAUAUUCGUUGUGGACAAAAUGCUCGAUGUGUUGGACGUGCUCAUCAAGCUGUUUGUGAAUGUUUGCCUGGAUUUACUGGUGACGCAACUCGACAAUGUCAAACACCAAGUCAGCAUCUUUGUCAACGUGAUGAACAAUGUUCACCGGAUAAAAAAUGUGUACUAACAACUGAAAAUAUAAAAGAUUGUGUGGAUAUUUGUUUCAAUCAUAUUUGUGGUAAUGGUGCACAUUGUGUAACCAAGAAUCAUCGUCCACAUUGUGAAUGUAUUGCUGGCUAUACAAGAAUAUCGGGUGAUUCAAGCGGUGCCUGCGCACCGAACAUGUGCCGAACUAAUCGAGAAUGCCGUAAUGAUCAGAUAUGUACAAUCACCCGCAAAGGUAUACUCGAUUGUGUUGAUGUUUGUGAAUCAAUCAAUUGUGGUCCAAAUGCAGAAUGUAUUGCUAUCGAUCAUACGGCUACGUGUAAAUGUAAAAAAGCAUUUUUCGGAAAUCCUGAAGAUCUAUUUCGUGGUUGUGUACCAAAAGAUCGUUGCACAUCGAAUACAGAUUGUCAUACGGAGCAAGUUUGUCAUCUAAAUGAGUAUGGUGUUAAAUCUUGUGUCGACGGCUGUUCAGUUAAUGUAUGCGGUCCAAAUGCGAUUUGUUUGACAAAUGAACAUUUCGUCACUUGUACCUGUCCAGAUGGUUAUACUGGUCGUGCAAGCGAUCCAAAUGCGGGAUGUCAUCGAAUUACUAAUGAAUGUUUUAAUGAUGAAAAUUGUCCAUCCAAUGCAAUCUGUGUACAUGGUCCAGAUGAUAUCAAUAUAUGUCAAGAUCCAUGUAAACAAUUUUUAUGUGGUGAAAAUGCUAUUUGUUCAUCAUUAAAUCAUCGUGCUCAAUGUUCAUGUAGACCUGGUUUUAGUGGUGAUCCAUUUCAUAUGUGUUAUGAUCCUGAUGAAUGUAAAUUUGAUAUUGAUUGUCCAAACGAUAGUGUUUGUAAAUUUGAUCAAACAACGAAUACGCAUAAAUGUGUUAAUGUUUGCCUCUACACUGAAUGCGGUAAGAAUGCUUUAUGUAAAACUCAUAAACAUAAAGCUCAAUGUUUUUGUCAAUCAUCAUUCAAUGGUGAUCCAUAUGAUCUUAUCCAUGGUUGUCAUAUACCGGUCAUCAGUAAUCUAUGUCAAAAUGAUUUCGAUUGCAAAUAUAAUUAUAAAUGUUUACCAACCCGUUCCGGAAUAUAUGACUGUAUUGAUGUAUGUACCACUGUUCAAUGUGGACCGAAUUCAAAAUGUCAAAUACGUAAUCAUGAUGCUAUUUGCGAAUGUCUUCCUGGAUAUGUUGGUUCGGCUAAUGAUCUUACCAUUGGUUGUAUCAAACAAGAUCGUGAUGAAUGUAAUGAAGAUAUUGAUUGUAUUAAUGGAUCUGAUGUUUGUAAAGCAUUGAAUAAUGGUGUCAAAAAAUGUUUCAACGCUUGUCAAUUUAUUACCUGUGGUACCGGAUCAUUAUGUGUUGCCGUUGAACAUCGAGCUUAUUGCGAUUGUAUGGAAGACUAUAUCCGUGAUCAAAAUCAGAUUUGUAUACAACGUAAAGAUGAAUGCGUUUCCGAUCAUCAAUGUCCAGCAUUAUCAACAUGUAAGACGAAUGUACUUGGCAUAAAACAAUGUGCUGAAGCCUGUAUCGAUUUUACCUGUACACCAAAUUCGCGAUGUGUAGCAAUGCAUCAUAAAGAACAAUGUCAAUGUGAACCAGGUUUUACCGGCGAUCCACUUAGCCGUACUGGAUGUACAGCAAUUUCUUUACAUCAAUGUAAUAAUGAUAAUGAUUGUUCAUCACCUAAUGAAAUAUGUUUGGCCGAUCAACAUGGUAUUCGUAAAUGUGUGGAUGGAUGUUUGAAAUUUGAAUGCGGUAAACAUGCUAUAUGUGUAAUCGAAAAUCGCGCUCCAGAAUGUCGAUGUCCAACAAAUGGCCAUUUUAUCGGAAAUCCUUAUGAUCAAAAUAAUGGCUGUAUACGUGUCGAAUGUAUCACCGAUAAAGAUUGUACCGAUGAUAAAGCUUGUUCAACACAAAAUCAUUGUUAUGAUCCAUGCAUUAAUGGUUGUGGUCAGAAUGCUGUUUGUAUCGCUCAUUCGCAUUAUGCACACUGUAAAUGUCUUCCUGGCUAUACUGGAGAACCUUAUGGAAUUGGUUGCUCAAUGGUUCGAUUAUGUGAUUCAAAUCCUUGUCAUGAAAUGGCUCAUUGUAAUGAUACAUUUGGAUCUUUAAAAUGUACAUGUCCACCUGGUUUUAUCGGUGAUCCAUAUUCUAAAGGUAUUGAUGGCUGUAAACAUCCUAAUGCAUGUCCACGAGGAAAUAUUGAUUGCUCAUCCAAUUCAGUUUGUAUGCCUGAUACAACAGGAUUGUUUUUAUGUAAAAAUCCUUGUGAUCAAAUUGAAUGUGGACCGAAUUCUGUUUGUGAGAUACAUGAUCAAGAACCAAAAUGUCGAUGUUUGGACAAUUUCAAUGGAGAACCUAAUUCAUUUGGAUGUUCAAGAAUUCCAAGAUUUUGUAAAUCAAAUCCUGAUUGUGGAGAUAGCCAAGAAUGUAUCGAUGGUCAAUGUAGAUUCGUCUGUACAGUUGAUAGUGAAUGUGCUGGUGGCGAAAAAUGUGUGGAUAAUUUCUGCGUAAAAGCCUGUAUUGUUCAUGAUAGCUGUUCACCGAAUGAAGCUUGUGUAAGCAAAGGCUAUUGUAAUUUCGGAUGUCGAGACAACGUUGAAUGUCAAUCGAAUCAGGCUUGUAUUCAGAAUCGUUGUCAAAAUCCUUGUGAAAUCAAAAAUAUUUGUGGCCAUAAUUCAUUGUGCAAUGUUCAAAGCCAUAAUCUUACCUGUUAUUGUCCAGAAAAUUUUGAAGGUAAUCCAGAUCCAAUUAUGGGAUGUAAACGAAAAUAUUAUCAUUGUAAUGGCGAUAUUGAUUGUCCUAACGGAUUAGUAUGUGCUAAUAACAAAUGUCGACCAAUGUGUACAAAUUGUGUGGAUGGUGAAAAAUGUAUUGCCAAUGCUUGUUUUCAAACAUGCUCCAGCGACAUUAAUUGUCCAGCCGGUGAAGUUUGUAUCAAUCAUGUCUGUAUCACUGGUUGUCGUUCAAAUGCCGAUUGUACAUUGAAUCAAAUCUGUGCCAACACACUCUGUUCAUGUAUUCCUGGAUUCGAAUAUAUCGCCGGUGUUGGAUGUGUAGAUAUUGAUGAAUGUCUUACUCAACCUUGUCAUCCAACGGCUGUUUGUGAAAAUGUACCUGGAAGUUAUCGAUGUUCUUGCCGUGAAGGUGAAAUCGGUGAUGGAUGGACUGGAUGUCAAAAUCCUGGUGAAUGUCCAAGAGGUGAUAUUGAUUGUCCAUCAAAUGCUGCUUGCCGAAGAAAUCAAGAUGGUCUUUCAAAAUGUGUAAAUCUUUGUUCAUAUCAACCAUGUGGACCGAAUUCGCUGUGUAGUGUCAUUGAUCAUAAAAUUGAAUGCAAAUGUCCCGAAGUUGGAUUAUACAGUGGCGAUGCUUUUAAUCAUCAACUUGGUUGUCAAAAAGUUGAAUGUCUUCAUGAUUCGGAUUGUCCAUCUGAUAGACAAUGUCUAAGUUUUGUUUGUGAAAAUGCUUGUGAUCAGGUCGAUUGUGGUCCACAUGGUUCCUGCAUUAUUCGCGAUCGUCAAGCUGUUUGCCGAUGCGAAACUGGAUUCGAAAACAAUGGUUUAUUAAGUUGUGUCGAUAUAAAUGAAUGUCAUCUUCAUCCUUGUCACAAUACAGCAAUUUGUGAAAAUAUACCUGGAAGUUAUAACUGCAAAUGUCCUAAAAAUCUUGUAGGCAAUGCUUACGAUCAUCCUGGUUGUCAUGAAUCAGAUGUUUGUUAUAAUGGUGAUAUUGAUUGUCCCGAUUCUUCCACUUGUAUAAUGGUUGCCGGUGUGCCAAAAUGUCGCGAUCGAUGUAAUGAUCCAACUAUUUGUGGAAUGAACUCAACUUGUAUGACCGUUCAUCAUCAGCCAAAAUGUUCAUGUCCUAAAGAUUAUAUCGGAAAUCCCUUGGAACGUUGUGAACAUGUUGAAUGUACGAGUAGUUUCGAUUGUGUAAACGAAACGGAUAUUUGUUUCGAAAAUCACUGUGUCAAUGUUUGUCUUGCACCAACAGCUUGUGGUGAAAAUUCCUAUUGUGUUCCACAAAAACAUAACUACAUUUGUAAAUGUGCUGAUGGAUAUUUUGGUGAUCCUAUUGCUGGCUGUCGUAGACGUUUAGCUUGUGAUUCGGAUGAAGAUUGUCCAUUUUCUGAAUUCUGUCAUAUGGAUCAUUUUUGCCGUAGUGCUUGUGUUAGUCAUCGUGAUUGUAAUCAAAAUGAAAAAUGUGAAAUGGGAAGAUGUAUUCAAAGCUGUAAAAAUGAUUUUGAUUGUUCAUCGGAUUAUUUUUGUAUUGAAUGGCGAUGUAUACGGCGAAUUGAAAAUCGUUGCAACAAUGAUAAUGAAUGUGGUGAAGAAGCUGCCUGUCGUGCUGAUACUCGUGGUUUUAAUGAUUGUAAAGAUCCAUGUGAAAAUACUAUUUGUGGUCGUAAUUCUCAAUGUAAAGUUAUCAAUCAUUCUUCAGUAUGUGAAUGUUUACCCGGAUUUUUUGGCAAUCCAAAUGAUGAAAGAUUCGGUUGUCGACCGAUGGAAUGCUCUUCACAUCAAGAAUGUAAACCAAAUCAAGCCUGUUCGAAUCAUAAAUGUAUUGAUCCAUGUAAACAGAACAGUGUUAUAUGCGGUGAAAAUGCCUAUUGUAGUUCGGAAAAACAUUCAGCUAUUUGUCGAUGUUUUGAUGGAUUUGAAGGCGAUCCGAUUGUUGGCUGUCAACGAAUCGAUUAUUGUAGUAAAAAAGUAUGUCAUCCGACUGCUAUAUGCAUCAAUAAACUUUCCGGCUAUGAAUGUAUUUGUCCAAUUGAAAAAAGUAUUGGUUCACCGUUUGAAGAGCCUGGUUGUCGUGGGCCGAAUGAAUGUCCAAAUGGAAACUCUGAUUGUCCACCGAAUGCUGUUUGUGAACUCAAUUCUCGCGGUUUAUUGAUGUGCCAGAAUCCAUGUGAACGUGGUGAUAGCUGUGGUGUUAAUGCUUUAUGUUCGGUUUCUAAUCGACAGCGAAUCUGUUCAUGUCCAGUAGGAUUUCAAGGUAAUCCUAAAGAUACGCAACGUGGUUGUGUACGCAAUCUUAUUGAAUGUCAAAAUGAAAAUCAGUGCCCAAUUGGAACUAUUUGUGAUCAAGGAAAAUGUCGUCCACAAUGUGCUUCGAACAAAGACUGUGCCAUCAAUGAACAAUGUUUUGAUCAUCGUUGUCUACUUAGAUGUUUCAGCGAUCAAGAAUGUUCAGAUGGAGAAAUAUGUAUGAAUAAUCGAUGUCAAUCAGGUUGCCGUAACGAUAAUGAAUGUUCAAUGAAAGAAUCUUGUAUAUUGAACAGUUGUAAAAACAUGUGUGACACACCGAUUGCAUGUGGAGCAAACGCUCUUUGCACAAUGGUUCUUCAUCAACCAAUCUGUACAUGUCCACAUGGAUUUACUGGAAAUUCGAAAAUGGGCUGUAAUCGUAUCAUGCGAAUGUGUCUAUCGCCUAUUGAUUGUCCGGAAAAUCAUAUCUGUAUCGAUGGUCGUUGCAAACCUCAUUGUUCAGCCGAUAAAGAUUGUGCUAUUGGAGAGAAAUGUUUCAAUGGACAUUGUGUUAUUCUUUGUCGUCAUGAUAAUGAAUGUCAAAAUCAUGAAAUUUGUAAUGCUAAUCGCUGUCAAACUGGUUGCCGUAAUAAUAAUCAAUGUGCUGGACAUUUGGUCUGUACUCGAAAUCAAUGUAUCGAUCCGUGUGAAGGAUCGGCAGCAUGUGGACCAAAUGCUAUGUGUAGUGUGGUAAAUCAUCGAAUUUCUUGUACUUGUCCAAUAAAUUUUGUUGGCCGUCCAUCUGCCAAUGUUGGCUGUAUGCGUGAAUCAAUUUAUUGCCUAUCGAAUGCUGAUUGUCAUAAUGAAGGAUUAAUCUGUACGAAUAAUCGAUGUCGACAAGUUUGUUCAGCCAAUAAAGAUUGUGCUGUUGAUGAACGUUGCGUUAAUGGCCGUUGUCAUAUUCAAUGUACAAAAGAUCGUGAAUGUCCUACAAGCGAAAUUUGUCUCCAGAAUUUCUGUAAUGUUGGUUGUCGUUCGGAUACGGAUUGUGUUUCGACCGAAACCUGUGUGAAUAAUUUCUGUAUGGAUCCAUGUGCAAGUCCAACUGCUUGUGGUACAAAUGCUAUCUGUUCGAUACAUAAUCAUGAAAAAACUUGUUCAUGUAAAGAAGAUACGAUUGGUAAUCCUUAUGUAGAAUGUAUACGACAAUUCGUUACCUGUGAUCAAACACCAAAUGUUUGUGGAAGAGGACAAAUUUGUGAUUCAUCAUAUUGUUUUGCACAAUGUAGCCGUGAUCAAGAUUGUUAUAAUAAUGAACGAUGUUUGAAUGGUAUCUGUAGUACAAUUUGUUCCAAUCAUGAUUCAUGUCCACGAGGAUUUGUUUGUGAAUUUGGCCAAUGUACACCUGGUUGUCGUCAAGAUUCGGAAUGUCCUACCACUGACAUUUGUAUUAAUCGCAAAUGUAUCCAUGCGUGCCAUAAUCCAACAUCAUGUGGUCUUGGUGCACACUGUAUUGCUGUCAAUCAUCUUGCUCAAUGUUCAUGUCCACCUCAACAUACCGGAAAUCCUAAGAUUGAAUGCAAACAUAUUGAAUGUAUCAUCGAUGUUGAUUGUAAUAAUCAAGAAAUUUGUCAAAAUUAUAAGUGUCAACAAGGAUGUCGAUCGGAUUCUGGUUGUCCAUCAAGUCAAAGUUGUAUCAGCUUACAUUGUGUUGAUCCUUGUAUGUUUGCUGAAGUUUGUGGUGAAAAUGCUAUCUGUCAAACUAUCGAUCAUCAGCCUUAUUGUUCGUGUCCGGCCAAUUAUGAUGGAAAUCCAACCGUAAGGUGUAUGCUUAAACCACAAGAAGAAUUAACUUGUCGAUCAUCAAAAGAUUGUCCAACAGAUAGUUCCUGCAUUCAUCAACGAUGUAUUCGAAACAAUGAAUGCAGUAAAGAUAAAGAUUGUUCGAUAGGUCAUAUCUGUAUACAAGGCAAAUGUUUUGCUGGAUGUCGUCGAGAUGAUGAUUGCCCGUUAGAUAUGGCAUGUCAAUCACAACAAUGUCAAAAUCCAUGUAACAUUCGUGGUGCUUGUGGCAACAAUGCUAUUUGUCAGCCGUUCAAUCAUGUAGCAAAAUGUUCCUGUUUUGCCGAUCAUAUUGGUAAUCCUGAAACUGAAUGUUUACCCCUACCGUUAUGUCGUAAAAAUGAUGAAUGUCCUAUUGGAUAUCUUUGUCAAUCAAAUAAAUGUGUCCAAUCUGUUGGAUGUGUUUCGGAUAAUGAAUGCCGUAUGACGGAAAUUUGUUCUAAUAACCGUUGUACUGAAGGAUGCCGUUCAAACAGUGAUUGUUCAUUCAAAAUGGCCUGUAUUAAUUAUCUUUGUCAGAAUCCGUGCUCAAUGAAAACAUGUGGUGCGAAUGCUAUUUGUAUUUCUAUCAAUCAUGAAGCUGUUUGUAGAUGUCCAGAAGGAUUUACCGGUGAUGGAUUUCAAGGUUGUCGUAUUCAACAGAGUGAUUGUCAAGCUGAUAAAGAUUGUGGACUUGGCAAAAUAUGCAUCUCUAAUCGUUGUCUUGUUGGUUGUCGUACCGAUAAUAAUUGUCCAUUCGAAAAAACUUGCUACAAUCGAAAAUGUAUUGAUCCAUGUUCAUUGGAACAAAUUUGUGGCGUAAAUUCUUUAUGUCGACCAACGAAUCAUAAAGCCGAAUGUUCAUGUCCACCGAAUCACAUUGGUGAUGCUAAAGUUUAUUGUAUGGAAAAUAAACAAAACCUCGAAACAUAUGAAUGUUCCGACGAUGUUGGCUGUGGACCGGGUAAAGUUUGUGAGCAUCAUUAUUGUGUUGAUAUUAUUAAACAAUGUCUAUACGAUAAUAACUGUCAUCCGGGAGAAAUUUGUGAUCAAGGAAAAUGUAUCAGUGGCUGUCGCCGUGAUUCAGAUUGUACAUUCGAUCGUGCUUGUUACAACAGCCAAUGUAUCAAUCCAUGCACAAUUCAAACACCAUGUGGUUCCAAUGCUCAAUGUCAACCUGUUCUCCAUCGACCACAAUGUCGUUGUUCAUUCGGUUAUGAUGGAAAUCCUUACGAUUAUUGUAAACCAAUGACUCAACUUCCAGCAACAAGAUGUUCAGAUGAUGAAGAAUGUCCUUCGGGAUUAGUUUGUGAAUUAAAUACCUGUAUAAUUGGCUGUCGUAACGAUAAGAAUUGUCCAUCUGAAUUGGCUUGCAUACACAAACAAUGUCUUGACCCAUGUGACCUGUCAGAUUCUUGUGGUCAAAAUGCUGUUUGUACGACUGUUGGCCAUCGACCACGAUGUUCAUGUUUACCUGGUUAUACUGGUGAUCCUAAUGCAUUGUGUACAGUAUCAACAAUGUUAAUCUGCGUUCAAGAUGUUGAUUGUGGUAUUGGACAGAUUUGUGAAAAGAGCAAAUGUAUUGACGCUUGCCGAACGGAUGAUGCUUGUUCAUAUGUUACAGCUUGUAUUAAUCAACGUUGUCAAGAUCCAUGCAGUGUAUACGGUGCUUGCGGACAUAAUGCUAUUUGCAAUUCUGAAAAUCAUCGUGCAGUUUGCAAAUGUGCUUCAUCAAAUAUUGGAAAAGGUGACCUAUUUAGCGCUUGUGAUCGUCAACAAAUUAUACAGACUACCGAUUGUUCAGCUGAUGACGAUUGUGGUUUUGGAUACAUCUGUAAUCAAGGAUCGUGUGUAGAAGGAUGUCGCCAUAAUGAUCAUUGUACACCGAAUGAAGCUUGUAUCAAUUCUGAAUGCCGAAAUCCUUGCGAAUCUUUGAACGCUUGCGGUUUGAAUGCUGAUUGUACAACGACUGGACAUCGUGCUGUUUGUUCUUGUCAUUCUGGUUUUCUCGGAGAUCCUGCAGUCGAAUGUCAUCCAUUUGAAGAGAUCAAAGGAUGUCAAUCUGAUCGUGAAUGUGGUCAUCAAUUGAUUUGUGAACGUUCCAAAUGUGUUAUUGGAUGUCGAGAUAGUUCGGGAUGUUCCGAUGAAGAAUCUUGCAUAAAUGGUAUUUGUCAAAAUCCUUGCAGUUUAUAUGGUGUUUGUGGUCGAAAUGCAAUAUGUCAAGCGGCGAAUCAUGCUGCUAUUUGUAGUUGUCCAACUGGAUUUAAAGGAAAUCCUAAUGUCCUGUGUACAGAUGCACCACCACAAUGUUUCCGAGAUAAUGAAUGUGUUCUGGGUCAGAUCUGUGAAAAUAAUCAAUGUUUAUCCGGCUGUCGACAAGAUAAUAAUUGUCCUGAAGAUAGGAUUUGUGUGCAUGGAACAUGCCAAAAUCCUUGUCUUUUGCCAAAAGCAUGCGGUUUAAAUGCCAUUUGUCAACCGUUCAAUCAUCGAGCACGUUGUGAAUGUAUUGAAAAUUUCCGUGGAAAUCCUUUUGAACAUUGUGAACCAAUUCCCGACGAUUAUUGUGAACAAGAUCAAGCCUGUUCGUUGGGUACAAUCUGUGAAAAUAACAGAUGUAUUGAUGGUUGUCGAAAUGAUGCUAAUUGUCGAUUUGAAGAAUCGUGUAUUAAUAAACAAUGUCAAAAUCCAUGCGAUCUAUUUGGUGCUUGUGGUCAGAAUGCUUUGUGCAAACCCUUAAAUCAUGACCGUGUUUGUACUUGUAUUCCGGAUUUCACUGGUGAUCCACGAAUUUCAUGUGAACGUGUCCUACCACCACCCGAAUGUUUCUCCGAUGUUGAAUGUCCGACUGAACAUAUUUGCAAAAAUCAACAUGGUUGCCGAUCUACAUUGAAUUGUCCCAAAGACAAAGCCUGUAUUCAAGAAAAAUGUAUCAAUCCUUGUAAACAAAGUGGUGCCUGUGGUCGAAAUGCAAUUUGUUCCGCAUCUAGUCAUGUUGCUGUUUGUAGCUGUCCGAAUGGAUUUAUUGGCGAUCCGAAUUUCGAAUGCAAAGAAAUUCCACCAGAAUGUCGAACCGAUGAUGAUUGUGGUAUGGAACGUAUCUGUUUGAAACAAAAAUGUAUUGUUGGAUGUCGAAUGCAUGGAAAUUGUCCAAUGGAUAAAGCCUGUGUAAAUGGAUUGUGUCAAAGUCCAUGCAGUAUCGGUGGAAUGUGUGGAGUGAACACAAUUUGUCGUGCUGAACGUCAUGAAGCACAAUGUUCAUGUUUGCCUGGAUAUACUGGCGAUCCAUUAAAACAAUGCUCGAAAGUUGCAUUUGAAUGUGAACAAAAUAAAGAUUGUGGUAAUGGCUAUGUCUGCGCUAACAAUGAAUGCAAAGACAUAAAUGAAUGUUUACAAGAGAAAAUGCCUUGUGGACCUGCAGCCAGUUGUACCAAUUUACCCGGUUGGUUCAAAUGUUCUUGUCCAAUGCCUUUAGUAGGCGAUCCAUAUGGACCGUUUGGUUGUCGAUCACCACAACCGGUUUGCCUUCAUGAUGCUGAUUGUAAAUCAGAUCAACGAUGUAAUCCAGUUACACAAGAAUGUUAUGAUAUUUGUUCUAGACCUGGAGUGUGUGGUAAAGGUGCCAUUUGUAGAGGAUUUGAUUAUAAAGCUGAAUGUCAUUGUCCUAAUGGCUAUCAAGGAAAUCCACAUGUUGAAUGCACGAUUCGUGAUUCAUGCGUUUCCGAUAAUGAUUGUCCUGGUAAUCUAAAAUGUCAAAUUGAUUAUUGUUCAUGUCCAAAACAUCUACAUCAAUUGGGCACAUUCUGUAUUGCUCAAAGUUUCAACUGUUCUAUUCAAAUUCCAUGCCCAUCGAAUCAAGAAUGCGUAUUCAUUAAUGGUAAUACUCAUGAAGGAAUGUGCAUAUGUCCUCGAGGUUUUCAACUUUCGUUGGAUGGUAGUUGUAAAGAUAUUGAUGAAUGUCAACAGAAUCAGAACAUUUGUGGAUCUGGUGCCAUAUGUACUAAUUUGAUUGGAAGCUACAAGUGUUCGUGUCCUUUCGGAGGCGAUCCAUAUAAUGAAGGAUGUCUGACAGAUAAUUUCCGUGAAGGAUGCUUCGUGGACAGUGAUUGCGAUGCGGACAAAGCUUGUUUGGAAACAAAAUGCGUUAAUCCUUGCUUGAAAGAAAAUAGCUGUGGUCAGAAUGCUGUAUGCACUGUUCGAAACCAUAAAAAAGAAUGCAAUUGUCGUCCAUUGUUUUUCGGUGAUCCAUAUUCAAUUUGUCGAAAACCUGUUGAAUGUUUAUCCGACAAUAAUUGUCCGGGAAAUCUGGUCUGCAUGUCGGAUCAAAAAUGUGGUUGUUCCAUUGGAUAUGAACGACAAAUGGAUUACUGUAUAAAAUCCUCGAUCGGUUGUUCAUCAACUAAACCAUGUAAAGUCAAUCAAGAAUGUAUACUCACUAAAGGAAAUGGUUUCUGUGUUUGUAUGCGCGGUUUUAGACUCUCUUCAAAUGGAGAAUGCCAAGAUAUCAACGAAUGUAUUGAACAAACAGGACUAUGUGCUGCCAACGCUGAUUGUCACAAUCUUCCUGGAUCAUAUGAAUGUCGUUGUUAUGAAAAUCAUGAAGGUGAUCCAUAUCGUGAAGGUUGUCAUUCGACCCCACCACCAUUAAAAGGUUGUCUUCAGGACAGUGAUUGUGCAUUGAACAAAAAAUGUAAUGCUCAUCUUGGAGAAUGCUAUGACCCUUGUGUUUCGAAAGAACAUCAUCUUGGCUACAAAUGUGGUCUGAAUGCUAUUUGUAUAACUGAAAAUCACAAUCCUGAAUGUUAUUGUCCACCCGGUUAUGAAGGCGAUCCAUUCAAAUCCUGUCAUAAAAAGAUCAUCUGUGGUAUCGAUUACCAUUGUCCAGGCAAUUUAAUUUGUUUGGAUAGUAAUACUUGCGGUUGUCCACCGAAUUUCUUACAAGAAAAUGAUUAUUGCUACAUGAAAUCAUUGAAUUGUACAACCAAUAAUCCAUGUCCAACUAAUGAAGAAUGUGUAUACACUGGAAGCCUAAAUGGUUUUUGUGUCUGCCCACAUGGUUAUGAAUAUCAUCCAAGUGGUGAAUGUAUUGAUCUCAAUGAAUGUCUUCACGUACAUUGCGGUUCCGGUGCUGCUUGUAACAAUAAACCAGGCGGUUAUGAAUGUAGUUGUCCGCCAGGUACCGUUGGUGAUGCCUAUGUUAAAGGAUGUUUCGAAAUAGAAGGUUGUAUUUCUACAUUCGAUUGUGCUAGUGAUCGUGAAUGCGAUAUUGGUAGCAAACAAUGCAUCAGUCCAUGUUAUAUUUGUGGUCCACAUACCGAAUGUACUGCUAUAGAUCAUCGAGCUAUUUGUACUUGUCCACCAGGUAGAAUUGGCGAUCCAUUGGAUAAAUUAGUUGGUUGUUAUGAAGAACCAGAUUUACCGAUUGAAUCUCGAACUAUUCCACCGCCAUCGGAAAUAUUAGUCAUGUGUCUGGCUGAUGGUGUACAAGUCAGCGUUCAAUUGGAUAGAUUCGAUGGUCUUAUUUAUGUAAAAGGGCACAGUCAAGAUCCACAAUGUCGCAGAUUGGUCACAAGUGGUGAAGGCGAUUCCAUUGAUUUCAAAGUUUUAUUUGGUCAUUGUGGAUUGAUUCAUAUUGAUGGCGAAGCAUCGUUUGUGUUGGUUAUUCAAAAACAUCCAAAACUUAUCACUUAUCGAGCUCGAGCUUAUCAUAUCAAAUGUGUUUACAAUACUGGUGAAAAAACCGUAACAUUGGGAUUCAAUGUCAGUAUGAUUACUACAUCUGGAACUAUUGCCAACACUGGUCCACCGCCAACAUGUAUUAUGUCGAUCUGUACGUUGGAUGGUAAAGAAAUCAAUAGUGCUGAAAUUGGUGAUGAUCUUAUACUCAAAGUUGAUGUACAACCAGAUUUUAUUUACGGAGGUUUUGCUCGAAGCUGUUUUGCUAAAACCAUGGAAGAGGAAGGUGAAUUUCAAUAUGAAGUUACUGAUGAAAAUGGUUGUGCAACCGAUCCGAGUAUAUUUGGAAAUUGGGAAUAUGAUCCGCAUAAAAAAUCAUUGAUGGCUCGAUUCAAUGCAUUUAAAUUUCCAAGCAGUAAUAAUCUAAGAUUUCAAUGUAAUAUCCGUGUAUGUUUUGGAUCAUGCCCACCGAUUAAUUGUGAUGGUAUCGAUGCUUUUGGUCGUCGUCGACGUCGACGUCAAAUUGAAGUUGAUGAAGAUGAUUUUAUACUUACCGAUACAUUUAAAGAAGGUGCCCUUCGUGAAGAAAUUAUGGUACAAUCUAAUGCCAUUUUAACGUUUGAAAAACACGGUUUACAACAAUCAGAAAAUAUUAUCGAAAAUGAUCCCAUUCAUGUUGAAGAUAUCGAACAUGUUUGUUUACCAAAACUUGGUCUAAUCAUUUCAAUGAUUAUUACUACAUUGUUGGCAUUAGUAGCUGUAGCUGUUGCCAUAUCUUGUUGGCUAAUGGCCUAUCGUCGUCGUCCAAAAGGUGUUGGACCAUUACCACAUCCACCGGAUUUUCCUAAUCCAUUAUAUACGACACCUGAUCCUUCAUUAAUCGAACCAUUACCCGAUUAUUAUCCAUCGAUGCAAAGACAUAUGUAAAACAUUUAUAUUUGUAUCAUCAUUAUCAUUUCAAAAAUAAUCAUCUGGAAAAAAAUUUGGGAUUUCGCUCAUUUUUGGUAAUGGAAAACAACAAUAAAAUUGGGGAAAAAAUUAUCAUCAUAAUUGAUCGAAGAUUAUUCGUGCCAAAUUUCUUUUCUCGAUCG